AUGCUCUGCAGCGCGUGUUACGCAGCUCUCACGACCGAUAUCGAAGGUCGCAUGUGCUGGAAUGAUAGCCACCCGCAAGACCUCGUCCACCACCCUACUUCAGACGACUUUGAACAGGCAGUCGUCGGCAAAUGCCACAUCUGCCUUACUCUCGCCUAUCAAUGGGAGCACAAGUUCAAGCUGCGACUCUCAUUUCCGAAGCAUGUCAAUAAGGGUAUCACCCAUAGAAGCGGCGAAAAGGUUACGUCGCGACACUUUACGCGAUUCUAUCUGAGCAGAGGAGAACGGUCCUUUACUCCAGGCCCAUGGUAUCCGAUAUCAGAAAAGUCGUUCUUCAUCACGUUCUACUUGGACGAGACCUUCAAGGAAGCUAUCAUGACCAAUGAAAUCAGAAACCAAAUUCUAUUGACUUUCGUGGCCAACCCAUAUCCCGAAUUUGAGCGCUCAAUCAAGCUUUCCCAGCUUCAGCGCGUCUACAGAGAAGCCAUUGAGAUUACGCUUAGACUCGGCGUGUCGUAUCUGUGGAUUGACAGUCUAUGCAUCUGCCAAGACGACAAGCAGGACUGGAAUGAGGAGGCCAGCAAAAUGUUUGAUAUAUACCGGAAUGCGGCGUUCAAUAUUGGGGCUACUGGUGCUUCGGAUGGGGACGGCCAGUGCUUCGUGAACCACAAUGUUGAUCUCCUUCACCCGUGCCUAUUCAACAUGGUCCUCGAGAAUAAGGCCUCCAAGAAACCUCGUUUACGAGAUCGGCUAUUUAGACGCAAAAAUAAAACGGAGGACACAGAACCGCCAGCUAGUCAAGAAACAACAUGGCACGUUGUCGAUGAAACUUUUUGGACUGGGCGACUGUACCAACAGCCACUCAACCAGCGGGCGUGGGUUCUCCAAGAGCGUCUCAUUUCGCCACGCAUGAUCCAUUUCGGCGCAGACCAGGUGUACUGGGAAUGCCACGAGCACCACGCCUGCGAGGCCUACCCCAAGGGCCCGCAAGCCAUGCACGAGUUGAGGGCUCGCAAGGCCGUGCAUCCGGAUGUAAUCCAGGAGGUUCUAGCAACUCAACUCGAGGAAUCCAGGAAACGCAGACGGGGCAUCUCUCUCACCCCGACAUCGGAUAGCCCGCCUCGAGAAUGGGCUCUCUUUGGCUGGUCUGACAUAGUUGCCGAGUACAACAAGCUCGACCUAACCCUUCCGAAGGACAAGCUCAUUGCUCUGUCCGGACUUGCCAAGCAGAUGCAACCCUCAAUACAAGACCAAUACGUUGCCGGAUUGUGGAGGUCGGCAAUGCUCAUGGGGCUGCUCUGGAGGAUCAAUCACAGGGAGAGAAGCCGCGAGGGUAAGGGAGUCGCGAAAAGGCUCAAGGGCGCUGCUCCCACCUGGUCAUGGGCAUCAGUGCAAGGGAAUACGCACGUUUUCAUGGUGCCGGAUGGCAAACUAAAGGGCCUAGGGUUUGAGAUCCAUAUCGAUAUCCAGAACAUCGCUUUAAAUCCCAUUCACGACGAAUACGGUGCACUUAACCUAUCACCGCUGCAAAUCAAGGGUCAGCUCUGGCCAGCAGCAUUUCUCAGCGACAAUAUGAGAAAUGCAUAUAGAUGGAAGUACAGCAAAGGACAGCAUUAUCAGGACCCAGAUGUCCGGUUUCCGUUUUUCGAUCUUGGCUCAGGAGCGCUGACGGGAGGUUGGGGCGAGAUCGAUUGCACACCUGACACUGCCAUGGAGCCUGGAGAUCUUGACGUUACAGCGAAUAUGCACAUAAUGCCUAUCGUAUCUGUCAAGUUCCCUGGCAAUGAUCAGCACGCCAAGUCAAUGACUCAAGGGUUAAUUCUCCGGAAGAUCGAGGGCGAUGGUGGCUAUGCUCAGUACGAGCGCUUCGGUUACUUUCAGCAUUCCGAGAAUGAAGACUUUUUGCACCUUGCGAGGAAAGUGGGCGAAGGUAUCUGGCAAGUUAUUGAGAUUGUCUGA